AUGGACAUCGAGCGCAUCGUGCGCCAGCUUCAACUGCACGUCCGUGACCGGGCGCCGCAGAUCGUCUCCAAGGCGCAAGAGGUUUUUCGCCUGUCCUCGACGGCCAAGUUCAGCGGCAGCGCGGUGGCCUCGCGCCCCGUGGCUUGUGUGCAGAUUGCCUGUGACAUCUUGGACGAGCCGAUCGAUAAGUCGGCGGCCACCCGGAUUUCAGGAUCCUCAUCCAAGAUCUACAACCGGCUGAUAGCCCGCAUUAGGGACUUGGUUGGGGCAUCGCGAACGCUCCGUCUGAGCGACCUGUGUGUCCGAUAUAACGCGCCCCACUUACUGGAGCGAGCCAAUGAGAUCUUGCAGUUUUUGAACCAGUCGUCCACCGGGCCGGCGGCCCCGUCGACAAGUGAGGAUACCCCGGCCCCGGCCGCUGUCGGCAGCUACUCCGAGGAAAGCUCGGCCGUGACUUCCUCCCGGGUGGCGGCCUCUUUCCUGGCGGCCUGCCGCUUUCCGGGGCCGGACCACCAGCCUGUGAGCGUGUCCCGGUGGUCGGUUGAGCGCAUUUGCGAUGUGGAUCGCCGUGUUUUCGGCUCGACCCUCGAUGCGGCCUUCUCUGUGGCCGAUCACCUGGACCAGAUGGCUCGGCUGGCGGCAGCCGGGACGAGUGCCCCGACCGCCACGCCGGCCCCGGACGCCGGGUCUGGGGACCUGGCCGCGGGGGGCGCCCCAGCACGUGCACCGGCCUCGGCCCCUGCGCCGGAACCUGCGUCGCGCGCGGACAUGCGCGAGCGUGAGCUGGCCGCCCAGCUGCGCAUGGAUGUGGGGCUAACGCCGGCGCCCUCGAACACCGCCCUGUCGGCCAAGGGCCCCUCGGAGGCUGGGGCCCCCGGCUCCGGUCCGACCGAUGACCCGACCACGGCUGGCAUGUUGGCCAGCCUCACCGGGGCCGGUGUCCCGCUGGCUGCCAGGACGGCGGCCGCGCUGGCCGCCGAGCAGGAACGCCUUCGGUCGCUGGUGGCCACGCAGCUGGCUCCGCCACCAGCCCGGCGCGGCCGUGGUCGCCCUCCCGGGUCCCUGAACAAGAAGCAGCUGGCUGCCAGGACGGCGGCCGCGCUGGCCGCCGAGCAGGAACGCCUUCGGUCGCUGGUGGCCACGCAGCUGGCUCCGCCACCAGCCCGGCGCGGCCGUGGUCGCCCUCCCGGGUCCCUGAACAAGAAGCCCUCGCUGCGACUGCAGCAACAGCAGCAGCAGGAGCGCGCCAUCCGAUCGGGCGCCGCCCUGGCCGCGGCGCUGAUGGCCAACCUGCCGGACGGCUGGUACAUCCGGAGUACUCUGCCCCGGCGUCGGCCCCUCGGGGCACCUGCACCUCCGGCAGAUCCGCUGAAUGGCCGCAUUGAGCGAGCCUACCUGGCUUGGUAUGCGUCGGUGGUCCAUGGUCCGCCGGCUGAUCUUGACGACCCCGCCGGCACACACGCGUCUCCCAAGCCGGAGCUGCCGGGACCGACCUUGGAGGCCAUCCCGCCAGGGAGGUAG